AUUCUACAUUUUCCAGUCUUGAAAGAAAGAUUUAGAUUGUCCGAAAAAGCUUUGAGCUGCUAUUGCUAGGCAAAGGUUGUAUCUGUGUUUACCUCCAAUAUCUAAUCCAUCUUAGAGAGGAAAACAGAGUGAUGUCUCAAGAACCGACCAUGCACAGAAUCACAGUUUUGACAUUGAACCAAAGGAAACCAACCGUGGAUAGAUAUAUAAAUCCCACAAUCAUUAAACAUGAUUUAAACCUAAAAAAAUUCAAUGUUGCCUGUUCUACAAAUCAGAAUGAUGCAGCCUCCCGUGGAAUUCCGGACAAAGUGACUUUAACUUUAUCACAAUUUUCAGAAUCCUCUCAAGAAAGAAACCAAAGUAAAAUGAGGGCAAGCAAGAAGAUGGAGGCCCCUAAUGAUCGUAUUGACCAUACUGUAUCAGAAGUUUUGGCGGGAACUGUUUGUAAAUCUCAACAGAAAAUGAGUGACCCUGGUCAUGUUGUAGUGAAGAAAAUUGGUGGGAAAGAUGAUAUUAAGGACGGUGUUUGCAAUGAAAGUUCUUCAGAUUAUAAGACACUCCACAUAACUGGUGGCAGAAAAGUUGUGAUAAAAACCUUUAUUCGCAAUUCAAAAUCAGGUGGUAAGAACAGUGUAGAAGGUCUUAGGACUAACAAAAAUGAAUGCGAUGACUCUCAUGAACUACCAAAAGUGUUGAAGUGGAAAGUUGUUCGUAAAGAUAAUAUCUCAAGCUUAACAUCAAUAAAACAUAGUCCAGUCAAAGUCGGUGAUAUAAUACAUGAGCAGAACAGUCAAAAAGGGACUCCUACAAAUACAAAGAGCCUGUUACUGCAAAAACAGGAACAGGGCAGUCUAAAAGGGGCUCAUACAAAGACCAUGUUACUGCGAAAACAUGAACAGGGCAGUCUAAAAGGGGCUCAUACAAAGACCAUGUUACUGAAAAACCAUGAACAGGGCAGUCUAAAAGGGGCUCAUACAAAGACCAUGUUACUACAAAAACAUGAACAGGACAGUUUAAAAGGGAUUCCUACAAAUAGCAUGUUACUACAAAAACACAAGCAGAACAGUCAAAAAGGGAUUCCUACAAAUAGCAUGAUACUACAAGAACAUGAACAGAACUGUCAAAAAGGGACUCCUACAAAUAGCAUGUUAUUGCAAAAACAACCAGUAGUGAUUUUGAAGAAAUUGAAGAUGGAUUGUGUUUUCUCAAAGAGUGAUGCAACUGAUGACAGUGUAGACUGUGAUACCGCAGUAAAAGACUGUGAUACCGCAGUAAUAGACUGUGAUACCGCAGUAAAAGAAGAAAAUCAAGAAAGCUUUGUUGAAACGUCGGAGGAGGGGAUGUUCUUAAGGGACAUGGCCAUGCCACACUCUGCAGAGACAAGUUGUCCUACAAAUGUCAAAAAUGAAGCUACUGAAAAAGAAAAGUGUGAUUGUAACUUGAGCACAAUAAGCAAAGAAUUGGAAGAAGAGAUCCAAAGUGCAGUGCAGUCAAAUAUCGAGGAAAUGAUGAUUUCAUCUCAAAUAAAUAACGGGGAAGGAUUCAGUUACACGUUUCCGUAUGCUUGCGGACAGUGCAGCUACACAGCAAAGUUACAGCAUCAUUUGAAAAACCACAUGAAAAUUCAUUCUUCAGAUCGACCUUUUGUGUGUGACAUUUGUGGGAAAGGCUUCAAACAUGCUCACCAUCUGGCUGGGCACAAGCGAACCCACUCAGGUGAGCGGCCAUAUUCAUGUGAUGAAUGUGGGCGUGACUUCACCCAAAUUAGCAAUUUACUCCGACAUCAGAAAACUCAUCAAGGACUCACAGACCCAGUUCACCACAAAUGUUACAAGUGUAACAGAAGCUUUUCCACAGCAUAUUCUCUUAAGCGUCAUUCAGAUGUACAUGAAAAUUUGAAAGAGAGGGUAAAAACUAUUAAACGUUAUAAAGGUAAAGGUAAAAGGAAAAGGUGCCAUUAUAAUCCGACUGUUGAUGACAAGCGAAGACAGUUUGAGUGUGCUAUCUGUGGACGAAAGUUCCUUAGGAAGGAGCAUGUGACACGACACAUGUUAACACACACUGGGGAGUCUGUGUACUCAUGUGACGUCUGUGGAAAAGGUUAUAGUGGCAAGCAAGCUCUUAAUAAACACAUAACCAUCCACACGGGGGACCAUUUAGAGAUUGACUCGGAGCAGUCCUCAUCAGAUGAGGAAUCAGGGUCUGAAGAAGAUAUGGAAUAUGUUUAGAGAUUGACUCAGAGCAGUCCUCAUUUAGAGAUUGACUCGGAGCAGUCCUCAUCAGAUGAGGAAUCGGAGUCUGAAGAAGAUAUGGAAUAUGUUUAGAGAUUGACUCGGAGCAGUCCUCAUCAGAUGAGGAAUCAGGGUCUGAAGAAGAUAGGGAAUAUGUUUAGAGAUUGACUCAGAGCAGUCCUCAUCAGAUGAGGAAUCGGAGUCUGAAGAAGAUAUGGAAUAUGUUUAGAGAUUGACUCGGAGCAGUCCUCAUCAGAUGAGGAAUCAGGGUCUGAAGAAGAUAUGGAAUAUGUUUAGAGAUUGACUCGGAGCAGUCCUCAUCAGAUGAGGAAUCAGGGUCUGAAGAAGAUAUGGAAUAUGUUUAGCUUGGUGGAAUAAUCAAUACUGUAAAUUUUUGGUUCAUCAAUCGAGAUUUUGUAAAUGAAAUAUGUUUUUACAAAAUACAUAAUAUAAAUGUG